UGCUUGUUUCUCUCGUCACAGCUAGCCUGCAGAAGGCCGGCGGCAAUGGAAGAUUUACCAGCGGAAGUUCUCCAUCGCGUGGCCGCUUUCCUUCCCUUGAAGGAGGCCGUGAGAACAAGCUUUCUCUCAACUUCGUGGAGGGAUCUAUGGCGGCCAUGCACAAUUGAUGAUGUCAACCUAAAUUCAGAUCAACAUUUCAUGCAAGUGAUUGGUAAAUAUCUCAAGCCUCGCGACGUUCAUGAAUUGUUGAGGCUUUCCUAUAAAGAGGUUGAUAUAUUAGCUGCCAGAGGAGUAGAGAGAGAGCUCUAUCUUGAUUUCUCUAAUGAUGAGAGAGAAACACAGGCUUAUGCAUUGAAACUCAAUAGUGAUAUUGCAAUGCGCAAAAGCACUAUGGAUGCUAGCUUCGCCUCUCUCAAGAAUUUAAACCUAAAAUCUGUGAGUUCCACUUUCGUGGAGCUCUCAUCCGUUCUCUUCGCAAACUGCGUGUUGCUGGAGCGCUUGAAGGUUGAGCAAUGUCGAGGGCUUGAAGCCCUCGACGUUGCAGGGAGUGGCUGUCUGGAAGAGGUGGUGGUGGUGGACUGCCCUGAUCUCGCGGAGAUUUCGAUUGCUUCGUCCGGCCUCAAGAGCUUCACAUACAGGGGGCGUCUGCCUGGGAUUAAGAUGAAGGAGUCGUAUGGUCAGCUGGUAGAUGUUACAGUUGAUCUGGUUGAGGGAUUAGGGCAACACGAGUUUGACGUUGAGGAAGUACUAUCAUUGUUUGCAAGUUUGAGGAAUGUGGAAACUCUCAAUAUCACCGGAUGGCUUCUUGAGUGGCUAUGUUCAGCAGGGGUGAUUUUCCAACAACUAGAAGUCCACUUGAGCAGCGUAAAGCAGCUCCGAAUUUCUCAACCAUGCAUCAACAAAACCAAGCUCGACUCAUUAUCUUGCUUCCUAGACAUCUGCCCUUCACUUCAAAACCUCCACAUCCAUAUUGAUCGUGAGACCAAGGACGUGGCUUGCCCUUACUUCUACCACUAUUGGCACGAGCCUUAUUUCGGCUCCGACUCUUCUAUUUUGAUGCCCAACAAUCCUCCAACACUCCAACAACUGAGGAUGGUGGAAGUGAGUGGUUUCCAAAUGGAAGAAUAUGAAUUAUGGUUGCUUCAUCUUUUGCUAAAGAGAGCUUUGCUGCUGAGUUUUGUGGUGGUCCAAUUUGGGGAUGGUGUACGAAGAGAGGUCACAAAAUUUCCCCUCAGCCAUGCAACUAGGAAUAAACACAUGUUAAUGAUGACUCUUGUAUCUCCAAACCAGGAUUAUUAUCUGGGAUUCACUCAAAUUUAGAAGGAAUUAAUUAAUUUGCCAAUCCAAUCAUAUUGUUUAUGUGAGCGAUGUACAAUUCAUCAAAAUGGUAUUCGAUUCUUAUUUGUUUAUAA